UAUUCAUUAUUAAAUUAAACCUGUCUUUAUUAUACUGCUGGAAAGGCGUAUUCAUUGAGCAAUUUUAUACCUACGUAAUCGAUCAUUGUAAAUACCUGCACAUGCACUGCAAUAUCUGUAAAUAUCUAUUGUAAAUAUCUGCUUUUCUGUAUUGAAUAAUCAGUCGGUCGUUAACUACAACGACGCAUUAUUCAAAUAAUUAUUAUUCUGGAAUUGUUCAUUGUAGGGUGGUAAAACAUGGACUGAAAUAGAUUGCAUAAAAUGGCAAUGUUUGUUAAAAGCAGAAGAAUUACAUUCCUCAGGAAAAUUUUGAAAUGCUGUUGCAACUUAUAAUUGAAUUGAAGUAAACAUAAAACAGCAGAAUUACAUACAAAUGUACCAGACCUUUAAUGUAUAUCUCAUUUUACUUAGGAACCUGUUGAUUUUUCUCAGGACUUAACAUAGUUCAAGGUUGCUUCUUCAGCUUCUCCUUUAUACAGAUACGCACUUAAUUCCCUGCUUGGGCCCUUCAAUACUUAAACCGUUUUUGUACCUCAAAAGCCGCUUUCCUUUGCAGUUCGAAAUAUAAAUCAAGAAAAGACAGACGACAAAAAUCAAAUUUGUCAUUCACAUCACUGUCCGAGAUACGAUCAAUGAGAGACGUAGAAAAACUGGUCCAGGCUGAAUCGAUAUAAAGAUGUCAAAUUCGAUAUUCUGCCGGUAGGACGUGAUAAGAAAAGAAACCCAACGAAUAAAAUUACCGUAUACGAAGAACGGUUGAUUCGUUGGAUGGAUCACAAAAAGUUGCCGGGCUUGAUGUUCCUUUUGGUUUUUCGCUGAAUCAGUUCCGAUUUCCAAUGAUCGUCAAAAUGUUAAUUGUUAUGUCGCGGUGAUAUUUAGCAUGCAAUGUCUGUGAGAUGGCCUAAUUAGUUUCGAUGUAACCGCCUCUGAAUGUUGGUGAAACUAUUUAAAGACUGUGGACAUUUUUGCUUCGUGUUUUUGAAGAUGAGACGUAGGAAGCAUCAUUUGGGUUGAGAAGUAAAGGUAUUUUACAGGAACUUUUGCAAGCAGUUUUUUGUGUUCUGUGAGUUCUAGUGGUGAACAAGUUUUCGGUCAUCAUCAUCACCAUCAAAUCAGAAGGAUUAUCUGUAUUAGUGAGGAAUUGAUUCUGUGCAAGUGAGUUCAGAAAGUUGCAGAAAAGUUGUGCUUUCUCAUGUGGUUCAAGUGCCCGCAAUAGAUAUUACAACCGAUUUGUGGAAACAACUGUGCGCAAACUAAGUAUGAAUAGCAUGAGUUCGUAUUUCAACAACUACAUGCCAGACAUGCGAAACGGAGGUGGCGUUUCAGCUGAACACCAACAGCAUCAUUACGGACAGGUACCUCAAGGUGCGGGUGCCAUUCAACCCGAUCCAACUUCAUGUUCAGGGGAUCCGUCUGUGGUGGGGUUGCGCCAAGGAAUUCCUCCCCAUCAUUAUGGCGGGCCUCCCGCUGCUGGUCAACCACCUCAAGGUAUGCCUUACCCCAGAUUCCCACCAUAUGAUAGAAUGGAUAUUAGGAAUGCGGGAUAUUACAGUGCACAAGCAAUGGACGGAGUCCAAGAGUGUGUACCAGGUUACCGAGCAGACAGCCCCACUAAUAUGGGUCACAUGGCUGGCGCGACCGCACCCAAUGGACACCAAACCCCGGUUGUUUAUGCCAGCUGUAAGUUGCAAGCAGCUGCGGUAACCCAAAAUGGAGUGCUGGGCUCUGCAGGAAGUCCCCCAUUGGAUGCCUCGCAAAAUAUUCACAUGGGACAUCACAUGCAGGAACAGCAUCCACAGCAUCAUCAACCACACAAUCAGCAGCAGCACAUGAUGUACGGGGCACAGCAGAAUUCAAAUAUGCAUCAGCAGCCAGCGCAUCAACAGCCCCCGUUGCAUGCCCAGCAACAGGGACCGCAACCGCAAAAUAACGCUUCAUCAGCGAUACCAAGUCCAUUGUAUCCGUGGAUGCGAAGUCAAUUCGAAAGAAAACGUGGGCGACAAACCUACACCAGGUACCAAACACUAGAAUUAGAAAAAGAAUUCCACUUCAAUAGGUACCUGACUCGACGAAGAAGGAUAGAAAUAGCUCAUGCUCUGUGUUUAACUGAGAGACAGAUAAAAAUCUGGUUUCAAAACCGUCGGAUGAAAUGGAAAAAAGAAAAUAAAUCCAAAGGUGAAGGCGGUUCAGAAGGAGGCGGAGACGACAUCAGUCCGCAAGGUUCUCCCCAGUAGUGGGACCGAACCGAACUGAGUACCUAAUAAUAACAUGUAGUCAUUGCAUUUUCAUUUUUGAAGGUGUGUAAUUAUGCCUCUUAAAAUAUAAUAUCAUAAUUGGCAUUUAGAAUCUGAAUUUGGAUGUAAUCUUUUUGAUAAACUCAGACUUGAUACUCUGAGUACUCAUAUAUUGGGUUUCUGGGAUAGUGUUGAUUGACUGGCACAAAGGUUCCAAACAGCCAAUAACGUUUGUUGCGUUACUACAUUAUACCAGUGUUAAUUGCUUCUCAAAAUUUGUCACUUUCAAACAAAAUAAAACGUUUAUCCAAACAUUAUCAGACCACAACUGCUGAACGCUUUCCGGGUGCAAAUCGCAUUCAAUAUGUUGUCAGGUCUCUAUACAAUUCAACCCCAUAAGCCAAAUCAAAAAUAAAGGGCUGAUGAAAGGCGAGGAGAGUCUGAAAUAGAAAGACAACGCGAAGGAGGAUGUUUAUCCUACGGUUGCCAAAGAUCCAACGAAAAUCAAAAUGUUGUAUAAUUCAAUCGAUAAUUCAACAAUCACUGCUGCCUUCUAUUUCAAAUUACCCACCUAGUCGAGCUGUAUAACUUUCAAAACUAGUUGCAUAACGUCAAAUGCAAUGUGAGUAAGCAAAACAAUCAAAUUUCUUAAGCAAAGAAGAACAGCGGUUCUAGGACAGCUAACUCCAAACUUUAUCCAUGAACACAAGAAAUAUGCCUCCUGUAGGGCCUCUGUUUAUUACCUUAUAUUAUAUAUCUAUGGUGCUUAUGUGCACUAUAGACUGGCUUAAUCAAUUCUAAUCAAUCAUGUUUUAAAGGCUUAGUGGGUCUUAGUGCGAAAUGUGACCGUUUUACAGGGUGUCCCAUAAGUAAUAGUACAAAAUUUAUCGGCGGGUUUCUGGUGUUUUCGAAACGUCAGGAAAAAAAUCUUCGAGAAAGUUUCAAGGCAUGGCCUCGAAGGCCUAUCUCUGUUUAUAAUUAGUUAUUUUUACUAGAAUUAGGUAUUCAAGGGUGUCAGUUUAUGCCAGGUCAUAGAUGUGCCACCUGAAGCAAAUGAUUCGCAUUUAAAAUCAAUCUAGCUUUUUUCAAUACUUCCAACUAACAACUAACAACUAACACUAAGAUAUCGGUUUGCAAAUACUUUCAAAACAAAAACAGUAUAACCAGUUGGUAUAUCUGAGAUCAACGGUUUUCGAGAUCAUUGAAAUUAAAGUAUUUGGUGCGAUGUAUUAUCGUAUAUAUUGUACUAUUAUUGUUAACCGCUUAAUAACAUUAAAAAACUGAUCAGUUUAUAACAAAAGUUGUUCGAAAUUGCGUUCUUUAACUUCAAUGCAUUUAGUUAAACAAUCUAAUUAAAAAUAUAGAUAUUGAUUCUACAGAAAAAUCUACAGGGCAUUUUCAAUUUUUAUGAGUAAUUCGCCUCGAUUAUCUAUCGUUGCUUCAUACACUAAAUACUUCCCAUAGGCACAUAAAAAUCUAAAGGAUUAAGGUCCGGACUUCGUGCUGGCUACCAACUAGGUACAACUUUCUUGUUUAUACAAUUUCCUAAAGCAGAUAUGCAAGUCUCAGUUGUCCCUGGGCAAUAUCAAAAAACUGUUAGGGCGAUUUUAAAGCGCAUUAAUUGCUGCAGGUGGCACUUUCUAUGAGCUGACUUGAAGCGAAGUUGCUAGUUAAAUUUGUCACCCUCAAAAACCUUUGAAUCUCUACCUAAUUUUGUAGACUUUUGAAUACCUAAGUAGUUCUUGAUUUUAUUAAAAAACACUACUUAAAAACAUCUUUGGCCCCCUGCAUUUCCGGUUCUGUUGAUCUUUUUUAAUUAUGAGAAAGGUCAACGUUUAUUAAAACGUUUUGUAAAAUUAUUUUCUCCACAGAAAGUCGCCAUUAAAAUUUUUAACAUUUCUUAUGGGACUGUUUAAAGCAUGACCAGUCGAAACAUUUUACAAUCAAACACAAAACGUCUUAUUAUCUCUUGGUCAAUUAUGACGUGAUUAUAAAUAUGCAACGCGUUUCAAAAAUUUACCGAUGAAAAGACCUCCAAAAAGAAAUUGAAAUAAAUUGGCCUAUUACAUUGGCCCAUUACAGAUCGGUUUGUUUUUAUAAUACGAUUCUGUAGUUAGAACGAACUGUAUUGAACUGUAGUUACGAACUACUUAGGUAGUUUUAGUUACUAUUUGACUAAUUUCCGAAUCAAGAUCCGUCAAAUUAUGCAUGGCUCUGGAUUUUGGACGCUGCUCACGAGUCGUUUGAAGCGAAUUAGUUUGAAUUUUUUAAAAUUGUUCAGCAGUUAAUUAAGCACUAACCAAGAUGACCAUCCUGCUUGCCUCAGAUGUCACCACCCUUAUCUUACUUACCGGAGAAUAACAAAAAAAUCAUUUAAGGUAACCAAAAGCUUUAGCAAUGAAAGGGAACCAAAAAAAUUGUAGUAUUUGAUCUAAUCCGCCCAAAAGGAUUACAAUUUGAAAUCGUUUUUUUGAUACAAAAUUUCACAUACUUCCUAUGAUAAGUAUAUAAAUUCUGAUUCAAAUUUGAACCUAACAUUACAUCCAGAUUCAUUUUCUCCAAAUUUACUUUACAACCACAACGACCUCGUUUUCUAUGUAUACUUAGUUCCAAUUUAACAAAUCGUUAUGAAUAGUUUAUUUAUUAUUUAUACAUUGUAGAUAGUAUAGAACAUUUAUAUGGUUGUGUUAGUAAUGACGCGAGUGAAAAGUAUGGAAUAGUUUAAACCAGAUAUUGUGAAAUUGAGAUUGUGAUCGCGUUGAACAUGUGAGCAUGAAUUUUACCUCAUCGGAUAUCUUCGUCUUAUCGGACCUGCAAAUAUAGGAUUUGUGCAAUCGGUUGAUAUUUUAAAAUAUCUUUUUUUAGUAGAUACUCGUGGUCUUGACUUGUCAUGGGCUGAACUUUGUCCAGCAAAAUUGAAAUACAUUUCUUUAUCGAACUGAAAACUGGAAUCUGCAAUUCAGGUUUUCAUUUCAGUUUCAGUCUUUUUUUCUGAAAUGAUUUGGAAUUAUCAUAGUCUUUAAAUAUUUUACUAAUAAGUCAAAAAAACUAGAUGUACGUUUGUGAACUAAUUGCACUAUUUUUCAUUUUGCAGCAUUUAUUUUACUUUAUUAAAUCUUAUGACAGAUAUUAAAAUUUAAUCGGAACUCAGCUUUUGAUGUUCGAUAACGUAACUCGUUAUAACGUUUUAAUAUUUGUUCAUAGUUCUCUUCAGCUCCAUAAUUUAUAAAUAUUGAAGUCUCUCGUCAUCCACAUGGAAUACAAGGCAAAGCUUUAAUGGAUAGAACCAAAUGAUGUUAAGGUGUUAAUGUAGCUAAUUUUCGAGAUUAUCAGUCUUAGUCAAUAUGGUCACCUUAUAGCUUUUGAGAAAAAUAGCUGCAUAUAGGCAAUCACGUAAAAACAGCCUUUAACCAGUACAAUCUAAAAUGGUCCGAAAUAUCUCCAUUACCUUUACCUAUUGCCUAUUAUCUCUCAAACCAGCAAACGCAAAAAAAUUAUGGUGAACAGCAAUUAUUUUAUGCACCUGUGUUGGUUCAUUUCAGACUGUUGCUAUAAACGAAAUAUUUUUUAGAUUCUGUUUAUGGAGAAACCUCAAUACAUUUUUGCCAAAUCCUUCAUGAUAAAAGCUUGUAUUCCACUUGACAUAUUCUAAUUUUGUUAUCAAACUUUUCUAUAAUAAGUACAAUUCAACUCUCAAUCCAACUGUUAGAUAAUACGACAACUCGACUCUUAUACAAUUAACGUACCUUUUUAAACCAUUCCCGACUUUUAACUUACCUUGUGCGGCAAACUGAUUUACCCAUCUUCACCUUGUAUGUUAUAUUUUACUUUUCGAAUAGGAUAACUUCCAAAAUGCAAAAAAUGAAGUGACAGUUUUUUAAUACAAUCUACUUAUCCCGGUUAUUUGUUAAAAGUAGCAGAAAUGUCUAUUUUUUUCUACUACUAUUUUUGCUAAAGCUUACAUGCAACUCACGUAUCAAGUUAUAGCAGAUAUAAUUGUUGAAAUACAUGCAAAUUUGACGUUAGUGUGUAACAGCAGUAACGCAAUAAUUCGCAAAGCAAUUUAUUUUUAACAUUAGUUAUGAUAUCUGAUAAUUCCGCAAGCACUAUUCAAUUACGUUCUUCACAACUUAUUUUAGCAUGUUUUAUAUUAUGUUAACUCUUUUUCGUGUUGUCGGUGAUCUAAAUACACUUCUUCUAAGCUGAGUGAUGAGCGAAACUACUGUUCUUUUCUUUCUGCAACUAUUAACCAAGGUUGCAUACCUAAUCAGAAAGUGUUGGAAACCUUUAUUUUCAUACGGGUCUAUUAUUUAAAAGUAAGGCACUCCAAAAAUGCAUUUAUUUGAGUCACUUACCUGUCAUACCUAAUCAGCCUGUACAGUAAAUUUGCUAUUCUUUUUCUAAACUAGUUUACUUUUGCGUCGUCAGAUCAAUUUAUUAAAUAAGAGGCCAGUGAUAUGUGCAAUUAAAAAUUAAAAUGCCCUGAUAUAUGAGAUAUUACUUACAUGAAAACUUGUUCUGAACGAUGGAGGAAAAAAUAUCCAAAGGGCAGUGAUGCAGUUGGGAUUUGCUAAGGUAUCUGUAAUGGCGCAUCCAGAUUUAAUGAGCCGAGCCUUAGCUGAGCCUGAACCGCAGCGAAUUUCUUUGAUGUUGCGUCAAAACACCGACAGAAAAUAUAUCGUCUGUCGGUGUUUUGACCAAAUUUCAAAUACAUUUUGCCGCGGCUCAGACUCGGGUGAGUCUGGACUCGUCAGGUCUGGACGCGCCAUAAUGCAUACGUUCACAGAACCUGUUCUUGAACAGUCAAUUUCAACCGUUCAGAAAGGUUUAACAAAAUUUGAAUAAAUUUUGCUGAUUUCAAAGCUUCAAAGCAAACUGUGUUUGUAAAUAUAUUGGUAAAGAGUCGAACGAAUGAAUUCAAAUGGUAGUGGCAAGUAUUUAUUGCAUGUAUGCUUGUCGAGAUAACUGAACGUUUUGAAAUCAUCAUAAUUACACACACGGUUUCAAUGUGUUCAAAAUACUACUCAUAAGCAUAAUUCUUAAGAUUUAAUUCUUUUAAACUUUAAUUAAAUAGGGAUUUCAAUAAAUGCAUUUGAAUUGGGAAAAUUUAAUGUCUAUCGAGUGUGAAAAUCUCAUUAACAUUUAAGUCAAGUCCGUAUUUGAUUGAUCGUUUCGAGGAAACACUAUUUGAAAAGUUGAUUACUUAUAAAGUUGUAGAUAUUCCCUUCUAUAUGUACAUGAUUGCAGUAUGUUUUUCUGAAAUUUGUAUAUAGUUAUCCCGGUGGAAAGGAUAUGAAAUAUACGAUAUUUAAAAUAUGCACUCUCAUGCCAAAGUUAGUGUAAAAUAUUAUUAUGGAUUAAAAAAAAUCAUCAGCGUCAAUGCAGUAUGAAAAUGUUCUGAAAAAGGAAGAAUCAAAAUCGAUUGGGAACGCAAAUGAGAAGAAAAAAAUGUUGAGCUGCAAAUGAGAUCUAAAGACAAACGCAUUGGUGCUAAUGGUAAUUUUUUUAAAGUUUUGUAUAAAUAAAAAUUAUUCAUUUAAGAUAAAUAGAAUAUUGUUGAUACAAAGAAAAUACUUGAAAUACGUAAGUAAUACUGUGACAUUUUUACAAAUUUUGUCCAUUUUCGUACUUAUUUCGAAAUUAUAUUUCUCUACGAAUAUUUAAUAGGGCUUUUAAAAAAGAUAGGGAAAAUUGUUUAAGAACAAACUAAAAUACGUAAAACACGUUACAAAUGAAAGUAUACGCAUUACAUAAAUUACAUUACAAAAAUGUACAAAAUUUUAGGAAAAGCCAGCAAAUUUAAGUUAGUUCCUAGUUUUUUGGUAUGCGUAAUUGUAUCCGAAUGACGGCAUUUUCGGUACAAAGUAUACAUAAAGAGAAAAGUAUUUUUAGACAUUAAUUUUGUAAAUAUCGAGUCCCGAAAAACGUUUGUUACUUUUUGCUAUUCGCUAAUGCUCUGUUCUCUAUUUCGAUUCAACUGGUACCUACUGGUAAAAUCUUCUUUUUUCGGAAAUAAUGGCAAAUAAAAUUGAGACACAUUAUUAUAAUAAUUUUGAAUAUAUGGAACUCAAAGUGUUGAGUACGAGUUUUGUUAACAAUGCUAGGAACUCAAUUGAAUAACAAACCGUACGGGCAGGUUCCGAAAUUUCCGUUUUAAUAUCGUAAGUAGAAACAUAAUAGAUAUUUGUGCUGUGGUGUAAUAUUCUAGAGAUAAUUAGUCGUAAGUUUUUACAAUACUUUAAUUUGGAUGAUGAUAACUUGUUUUUAUUUUGUAAAUUAUGACGUUAUUGUAAUAUAAAUUUAUAGAAUUAAUUUAACCUCAUGUAAACGAUAUUUUGAUUCCGAAUGUAUUUCGGUAUCCGAAAUGUGAUACCUUCAUUUGAAAAUUGAUAACUAAACAGUGCUUGCAAACGUGCUAUUUUAACUUAACUUGCGAAGAAGAAUUUGGGAAAGCGUAUAUUUAUUCAUAUGAUUCAAAUUAACUUAAGCCAUGUUUACUUAAUUAAGAUGUUACUUAAUCAUAAAAAGCAAAUAGAAGAGUAAAAUAGAUAAUAUAGAAAUGGUUUACCUGUCGGGUACCGAAUUAAUUUUUGGAUUGCGUCUUGUGGAUUUCAUCUUAUAUACAUAAUUAAUAUAUGUAUAAAUAAAUAAUAUUGUAAAUCGA